AUAUAUAAUAAUAACUGUCAAGUCAAGUGAUUGUUUGCAUUUAUACAAGAAUUAUAUAAUAGUUAUUAUUUGAAUUUUUUAAUUUGAAACACUUAGUUAAAGUAAUAAUGAGAUACCUAAUAACAUUGACACUAUUAUCAAUAAUAAUUGUUCAACAAAUUGCCACUUCAUUUGCAACGGGAUAUGGCGGCGGAUGGGGUGGUGGUGGCGGUGGAGGCGGAGGAGGAGGAGGUGGCGGUUGGGUUGGAGGAGGUGGUGGCGGCGGAUGUACAACAUGUGGUGAUGAAGGAGGCUAUGAAGUGGUAAAAAUAAUUAAGAAAAAGAGAAUUAUAAAACCGGUUAAAACGAUUUACGUUGAAAGUGGAGGUUAUGGUGGAGACGGCGGAGGAGGCAGUUAUGGUCACGGAGGCGGUGGUGGUUAUGGUCACGGAGGCGGUGGAGGUUAUGGGGGCGGUGGUUGUGGUGGCGGCCCUUGUGGUGGUAGUAGUGGCGGAUAUGGAGGCGGCGGUCACUCCAAAAAGAUUAUCAUAAAAAUUGGUGGCGGAGGCAUUGUACACAAAGCUAUAAAUAAAAUAAAAAAUUUACUUCAUGGGGGCGGUGGCGGUCACUACGGUGGUGGAGGAUGUGGUGGUGGGGCUUGUGGUGGAUAUAGACAAGGAGGUGGUGGUGGAUAUGGCGGAGGAGGACAUAGUGGUAGUGGUGGCGGUUUUCAUAAAAGUUUCAGCGCUUCUGGAUCUAUAAGUGUGUCGGGUUAUGGCAGUGGUGGACAUAGAGGUGGAAAUGGAUGGAGUGGUGGCAGCGGUGGAUACGGUGGAGGGGGUGGCGGAUGUAAUAGUGGUUUAUGUGGUGACGGCGGCUAUGAAAAGAAAUAGCAAACAUUACUCUACUAAUAGUGUUUAUUUUGGAYUUAAUUUUUCAAUUUAUAACAUUUACAAUAUAAUACAGUAUUUAAUGUGAUUACUGUAGUU